AUGAGCCAUAAUCAUGGAGGCGGAAGUAUGGGAGGGGAUAUGGGAGGGGGCAUGACGAUGGGAACGGCACUAUUCCAAGAUACAAACGUUCAGCUCGCCCAGUCGUUCUGGUACAUUAUCGCAGGCGUCGUCGGGUUCCUGGGCAUCAUUCGCGGUAUCAACUACCUCGAGGGCCUCAGAAGACUAAAACGAUGCCGUUCCGAAUCCGUUCGAUUCCCAACAAAACCCUCCAAUUUCAUAACGCAAGUGUGGGCGACGUCAACGGCGCUUGUCCGCGAAGUAGGCCACCCUCAACUCUAUAUUCCCCUCAAGGGUCUGCGCUGGGCGACCCCGCCGUCCCUUGGUCGCGUGCUCGUCCUCCUGGCCUAUUGGGCCGUCAUUAUUUACAUGAUGGUCAACGACGCCGUCAUCAAGGACGCCUACUUUUGGGAGCGCAUCGGUUUCCGAAACGCCUGGGUGACCGUCAUGCAGAUGCCCCUCCUGUAUCUCCUUGCGAUGAAGGUCAACGUGGUGGGAUUCAUCAUCGGCGCUUCGCACGAGCGGCUGAGUUGGCUUCAUCGAUGGGUCGCCAGGACCAUGUUCGUGACGGCGACCGUUCACGGCUUCCAUUUCUGGUCGGAGUGGGUGCGGGCGGACUUUGUCGAAACGCAGCUGAGGAUCCUGCCAGUCAUCAAGUACGGCCUCGGUGCCUGGGGUAUUCUCAUAUGGACUUUCCUCACGGGUAUGAGGCCCUUCCGCAGCAUGGCGUACGAGUUGUUCCUCUUGCAGCAUAUUCUCUCGGCGGUCCUCUUCAUCUGGCUGGUCUACGUCCACAUCCCGGCCUAUGCAAAGCAGUAUCUCUGGUUUUCCGUCGCCAUCAUCUGCUUCGACCGCCUCGCGCGCUGGGCCUUCCUGGCGUGGCAGAAUACGAGGCUUCGACCCAACAGGUCGACGUGUAAGGGGAUGAAGCGUGUGGGACACGAGGUGCAGGUCCGGGCGACGGGCUCGUCGACGACGGUGUUGACGAUCAAGGACGUCCAUUUCUCGUGGAAGGCAGGGCAGCACUUGUAUCUCUGGCUUCCCCGUAUCGGGCCCCUCGAGGUACAUCCGUACACUAUUGCGUGCGCGCACCAGAUGCCGGACACAUGUACUUGCAACAGCAUCCAGCUCGUCGUCCGGAAGCACGGCGGGUUCUCAAAGAGACUGCACAGCUAUGCACAGAAGAUUCAGGCGUCUGGGAAAAAGGAGGCGCUGACGGGCUUCGUGCUGGGGCCGUUUGGGGCGCCGCCGAGAUGGGAUAUUUACGAUACCAUGGUCCUCAUCUCUGCGUCUACGGGGGCGUCUUUCACGCUGCCCAUAUUGGAGAGCAUCGUCCAGAGCCGCAGGAAGACGUGCAUUACUAGGGUCGAGUUUGUCCUCCUGGCAUGCCAGGGUGAGGAGAUUGAGUUUUACACACAGCGGCUCCGGGACUUGAUAGAGCGGGCGCACCAGAACGGCAUCGAGCUGCAGGUGCACAUCGCCAUUACGCGGUCCGGCAAAGCCAAGGAAGCCGGGGCAACGACGGUGCAGUAUGCGGACCGCGAAGAGAACUCCAGCUCAAGCUCGAGCUCGAGUUCGUCAGCGAUACACAGGAGGAUCGUCUCUGACGACUCCAUGUAUGGGGGUGGGGGGUGUUGUCAGGAGAAGGGAGUGGACUUGGAAAAGGGAGACGAGGUGCGGCUUACACCCAAGAUCCGAAGCGGUUCAGUAACGAGCAUGAUGAGAGAGUACUAUUCUCGUCCUGAUCUGGAGUCCCUGAUUCGGGAACCUGUCGAGGCCGCGGGCGGGGAGACGUCGAUCGUUGUCUGCGGCGGGCCGUCGUUGACGACUUCGGUCAGGAAUUGCGUGGCCUCACUGUCGGACGAGAGGGCGGUCCACAAGGGGACGGGGGCACAGGGGAUUCACCUUUUUGUUGAAGAGUACUCGUUUUAG